GCUCGAACCCGCGCAGUGGGGGCGCCCCUGGCCGACUCCCCUUGGCCAGCCAGCUGCAGGAGGCCUCAUGGCGGCUACACUGGCUGGCGUGAUGGCAGGACCAGUGCCUCCUGCGACUGCUGGCUGGGAGUCCCUGGGAGAGACGUGAUACUCUUGCUGGGGUACGACAUGAACUCGCUGAUCGCGCUGGGGCCGAACUUCUCGGAAAGCAAGGCCCUGGCGGCCCCGGCGGCUCUGGACCAGCAGCAGCGCCAUGGCCACCACCUCCAGGAGCUGCUUGCAGCACUCGACGACGAGCUGGAGCUGGAGCUCGAGGAGGAGCCUACGCCGCGCGCUGCGCCAUGAAGGAGCUGUUGGGGGCCCUGGUGGAGCCGCUGCUCAAGGCCGCGGGGUCGAGCGAGCAGUGAGGGCCUGGAGCUGCAGGGUUGGCGGCGGGCCUGAGCUCUAUCGCGCGCGCCGUUCCCUGCACUCACUCACUAUCUAUGCUACUCCCGGGGGCCAAGGAGGAGGAACCUUGGGGGGGGUGCGCCGGGGCGCGGCGGAGUUGGAAGACCAACAGGUGGCGCCCCCUGCGAGAC